AUGUGCAUGGAGAUCCCCGCGGGACUGACGGAGCUGCUGCAGGGCUUCACAGUGGACAAGGCGAGGCACCAGCCUGCAGACCUGCUAGAGUUCGCUCUGCCGCACUUCACGCACCUGCAGCAGCAGAAAGAGGGCAAAGGCGCCCUGUCCUUUGGCCAUGAGGGGGGCGUGCCCGCCGGCGGGAGACAAAGCCUUGGACACGUGACCACCAGCCGGCCCUCCCGCUUUACUGCGCUGGCCCUGGUGGCGGUUAAAAUGGGGUGGGGCUUGGGUGACAACCAAGAUGGCUUGAUGCUUCUCCACAAGCUCCUAAAACCAUUACGGGCUCCUAAAACUGCGCAUUCGGAGAUGGACCAGAAAGCAAAAGGGGAAAUGACCAUGACUUGGUCUUUCGGAUGGAACAGCUCUCUUCCUGUUUACUACAUUCAAGAUGAAAACCAGCGAGUUCUUCUGUACAUCUGUGCUGACACUGUGUUCAUCUACGAUGUCUUCAAGAAUACUCAGCACCAUCUUCAGGGCCAUGCUAAUGUGAUCUCCUGCCUCUGCAUCAGCGAAGACAGACGGUGGAUUGCCACUGCCGACAAAGGGCCCGACUGCCUGAUAAUCACAUGGGACUCCUUCACAGGGUCUCCUUUGACCACCAUCUUUGACAGCUGCCCAGAAGGCAAUGGCAUCAGGGCCAUAGCCAUCACCUGGGUUGCCAAAUAUCUGGGAACCAUCUCUGAUGCUGAAAUCCAGAAAGUUUGCAUCUGGAGGUGGACAUUAGCCGUGGAAAUGCCAGCAUGUACCCACAAUCUCCUCAAAGAGUAUGGUGUUCAGAACUAUUUUACUUUUAAUCCAACAAAUAAUAAAGAACUGGUGAGCAACAGUAGAACACUAAUAUAUUAUUUGUGGUAUGAAGAGGAAGAUAUACUUGCUCACAGUGCCCACGUUUAACAGAAAAACAAGCUCUAAGACCUGAACGGAUGAGGG